GACUAAAUUUCCCACCGGAUCACAGCGUUCCAACCGCAUCUCUAUCGGCCGCUACCGCUGACAAUGGACUACUCUCAACUAGAUCUAUUUCGAUGCAGAAUCUGAUAACUCUAGCAACGCUAGGCGCUCACAAUUAUCCAUCAACACAAUCACUUCAGCCUCACAGUCAUGUAGUCGCUCAAACCCAACAACAGCAGCAGCAAGAUAACAACGGCAUGACGUAUACGCCGCAGGCGAUGCAAUCACACAUGACCCAUCUACUGCAAAUGCCGCUCGCCAUGACUACGCAGCUAACUGGAGUCACCCCUCCCACACUGGGGUCUGCAGGAGAGAGUCUUACUCCGCCUUAUGUAGCAGCGUUAAGCCCCUUGACUAAUGGUAUGGCAUUUACAACUACUGCCUUGCCCCUCUACACCACAGCACAACAGACCACAACAGCUGGAAAACAAGUAGAAGGACCAGAAGGCAGCAAUCUUUUCAUCUAUCAUCUACCCCAAGAAUUCACCGACACUGAUCUCGCAUCCACAUUUCUACCAUUCGGUAAUGUGCUUUCCGCCAAAGUUUUCAUCGACAAACAAACCAAUCUGUCUAAAUGCUUUGGUUUCGUCUCCUACGAUAAUCCCCAUUCGGCCAGUGCAGCCAUUCAAGCCAUGCAUGGUUUCCAUAUCGGAUCCAAACGUUUAAAGGUGCAACAUAAGCGUUCAAAGGACGCAGCAAAGCCAUAUUGAUAUAACGUAUUACAUAAGAAGAAGAAAUCCACGAUAGCUUAUUUUUAUAAAUAAACCAAAGGAAUAUACCGUCGCUGCGCCAACAAAAACA